GUAAUAAAUAAAUGUUAAUAAAUUAAAAUUUUAAAGAGUAAAACACACGGCGGCACAUGCCUUAUCUGUGAGACACUCUGGGUCACACUGCAAAGCAGUGACAUUUCCCUUUAUUGUGAUAGCGUCUCACCAGCACCUGUGAACCCCGGUAGCUCAGGCUGGCCUCAAACUUGGAACCUUCCUACAUCAGCCUCCCCAGUAGCUGGGAUGCCGGUUCUUUUUCUCAGUAAACCCUGGCUUUGCUUAAUAGUGACUUGUCCUGAAACUCUUUUCUGGGCACUGUUGUUAACAGUCUGGGUAUGCUGAAAAUUCACACAGAUUUCUUAACAGUCUGCUUAAGGCCUGGGGAUGCUCUAUGGGCUUCUAGGGCAGCCUCUGGCAUGCAGCUCCUAUAGAGGUGAGCAUCGCCCCCCCCACACACACACACACCAUUCAUUCUGCUCAUAACAGAAACGAGGUGGUGCUCUAUUUCUGGGAGCUGAGCUUUCCAACCCACUAAAGCACACAUGCAGAUACACCGUGAUUAAAGCCCCUCUCAGCUUAGCCUCCUGGGGUAAGGGCCAGCCUGGGGAAGGACAGGAAGACAGGCUCAGCUUCAGCUGAACCUCUGGGUUCCCCAAAAUAGGGUGGGACUAGGCCUCUUCUACUGAACAUCCCUGUAACCUGCUCACCCUCCUGUGGACCUUCUGGACCCCAGAGCCCUGACUGGCAUAGUCCCUAUGAUCUCUGUUUGGUCCCCUACCCUGCCUCCACAGGGUACCAGGCACAAAGGAAGUUCACCAGUACUAGGACAAGGGAUGAGAUGAGUUGAGGCUGAGGCCUUGGAUCCUGCUAAUAGAGGAACCAAGAAAUGUUCCCUUUGAAAAGAGAAUCUGGAAGGAUUAUAGGAGGGGACAGGAAGCGUGGGAUAACCUCCAGAGAGGUUAAAUAGGUCACCUCAAUGCUGGGCACCAAGACAGGCAGAAGGACCCAUGAAGACCUUCACCUCAGCUUUUGGUACCAUGAGGUCACUUCAGAUGCUGCUCCUGGCUGCUCUGCUUCUGGGGACUUUUCUGCAGCAUGCCAGAGCUGCUCGAGCCACCAAUGUAGGCCGAGAGUGCUGCCUGGAUUACUUCAAAGGGGCCAUUCCUAUCAGGAAGUUGGUGAGCUGGUAUAAGACCUCAGUGGAGUGUUCCAGGGAUGCCAUCGUGUUUCUGACUGUCCAGGGCAAGCUCAUCUGUGCAGACCCCAAAGACAAACAUGUGAAGAAGGCCAUCAGAUUGGUGAAAAACCCAAGGCCAUGACCUUCCCGCUGAGGCAUUUGGAGACGCCAGGGCUGCUGUCCAUGGUUUCAACAUAAAACGGCCUGUGACCAGCAGAGCCCAAGAGCAGCCACAGAGCAGAAGUCCCUGUUCCCUUUUUUAUGGACUCUUAUGCACUACAGGCGAACACAAAAAAAAGCAACGGAAUAAAGCCUUCCUCCCUCAGA